AUGGAGAAAAUUGUAGCAGAAGAGGGAGGAGAGACUGAAAAUGAAAUUGCAUUCAACAGCUUGAGGAGAAUUUGUGAAAAUUUGAAGCAGCUUGAGGAGCUUGAAAUUGUGUCUUGUGGUGUUGAGGAAAUUGUUGCGAAUGAAGAUGGGUAUACUCUAGAGUGUCCUUCAUUGAAGAUAUUAAAUGUUGGUCAAUGUGAAUCAUUGCAAAUAUUUGCAUUUGGCCAAUUGGAUUCCCAUCUGCUUAGAGGGGAUUAUGUUGAUUUGCGGAGCAUACAAAUACUUCGUUUGCAAUAUUUCCAAGAAACUCCAAUUUAUUUUCCGAAUGAUUUGAUUGAAAAGUUCUCAGCUACAGCAACAUUCCAGGUGUGUUGUAGUUCUUUUGAAACACUCUUUCCUUCAGAAGUAACUGGUCAUUGUAGUACUGAAAGCCCCACCCAAAUUAAAAAACUCAGGCCAUUUCAAUUGGAGAAGCUUGAGCAUCUAUGGAAUGAUGAUUCAGUGUCACAUCCCCUAGCUCAAAAUCUUCAAUAUCUCUCCAUACAGGAAUGUUCUAGGUUAACAAGAUUGGCACCACCUUCAACAUCUUUCAUAACAUCUUUCAUAAAUUUAACUACCUUGGAAGUGAAUGAAUGCAAUGGGUUGAUGUACUUCAUGACAACUUUCACUGCUAAAAGUCUUGUCCACCUCACGAACUUGACAAUUAGCAAUUGUGGAAUGCUAGAGGAAGUUGCAUUCAUAUUCCCAUCUUUGGUGGCAUUAAAAGUGGCAGGAUGCCACAAAAUGCAAAACUUUUCAUCUGGAGUCAUUGUAGCCCCAUUCUUGAAAUUAGUGGAAGUGGACAAUGGAAAAAAACGUUGGAAAGAGGACCUUAACACUACUGUCAAGAAGUUUUUCAUAGACAAGGCUGUUCGAGAAUGGAAAGAAGGGAACUGCUUGGAAUCUUCAACUAAUACUACAAAUAGUAGUCAAGCACGUGAAAGGACUGUGAGUGCUACUGAAGCAUUGAGCUCCGAAAAGAAAGUAGGUAUACCAAAGCCUAAUCACAUUGCAGAUCACGAGAAGCUAGAAAUAAACAAGCUUCCAAGCCUAUCUCGUGGCAAAGAACAGAAGGAGAAAUCCUGGUUAGGUAUUGAGAGGCCUCAGGCUCAGGUUACUCAAAAUGGCUCUAGCUCUUCUACAAUUCAAGAUGCAGCUAUAGGAACUCAAGGGAUGCAUGAGACCAUUGAGGGGCCAUUGGUUGAAUCUACUCAAAACACACUUAGUCUUCCCACAAUCCAUGAUGCAGAAUCACAUGACUCAAGAACUCGUCGUAGGGAGAAUUUGUUCAACCAACCCCUAACCUUUGUGACUGGCAACAAGAAAGAAACCAUUGGAACUCGAGAGAUACAUGACACCAUUGACAAACUCUUGAUUCAAACUGGCCAAGGUGCAAAGAUCCUUGCCACAGAACAAAACAAAGAAAUUGAACCAUCGCCUUCACAAGCUCCUCAACCAAUGACUUCAUCAGCAUUAGCAUUGAAUGCUUACAGCAAUUACAAGGGGAUGAUUGACAUUUCCGAAAAGAACAUGCUAUAUUUGGAGGCUAGGGUAAAGCGCCAUCCUCGAGUGCUCAAUUGGCUCAACACAAAGCGACGAAGAGUGUUUGCUUCCUCCUUCUUUUCCCUAUUUUCUGAGGCGACUCGUAUUUUGAGGACCACUCAAAGAGGACACUUGAUGGAAGAUGAUUGAAACUACAUUAGAGAGUGUUGCACUGCCUUACAAGGGGUUGGCUUUGAUGAUUCCUGGAUCAGUUACGUGCAUGGCUGCAUUGAGGAAUGCGUUGAUGGAGAAGACCUCAAGAGGAAGGCUGAGGAUGCUGAAGGUCAGGCUUCAAAUCUGAAAGCUCAGCUUGAGUCCAUCAAGAAGGAGUUAGCUUCUGUGGAAGAAUCCUUAGUGUUGUUGCGUGAAAAGGCUAGUAGGCUGCAUGACUUCAUCGAAUCUUGAAAUGACUUCAUCGAAUCUUGAAAUUUUGUGAACUCUGCUGGAGAUAUACUCCCUCCGGUCCCAUUUAUAAGUCCCAUUUUAGAAGGUGCAUUUGGUUCCAUUUAUAAGUCAUGGUGCGUCUUUUUAGGUAAUAUUUGAGAGGUAUUUCCAAAAUUACCCUUCAUGAGAGAGAAAAAGUAACAGGACAUUACUUUUUAGAUUUAUUAUAUAGGGACAUGUUUGGAAUUUUACUUACUUUUAUUCCUUAUACUUUUAUUGUAUUGGUAUUGAUGAGGUUGGUAGAAAUGACUUAUAAAUAGGAUCGAAGGAGUACUUGCUUUGAUAUUUUCAUUUCAAGUACUGUAUAUAUUUACUUUUGUGCGGGUUGAUUUGU